CGCCGGCAAGCAUUUAACUGUUAAUUAGAGCUACUCUACGUAACGCCCUAAGCUCCGCCCCUGCUAUUUUAUGCCGGGGGCAGCCAGAGAUGAUCCCCCCACAAGAUUUAAUUAGGGUCUCGGCAAACGUCAGCGACGGUGUACAGCAGACACAUUUUGUACACAGACGGUGAGAAGACAGUACGUUGUUUUUAGCUCGCUGAGGCUUCGGUACGGGGGAGUUUGGAGUGUACCUUGGCCAGUAAAAACACUACUGAUCGCCGCACAGGAAGACCAGUUUAACAGGGUAGCUGAGUCAGUCGGCACGCAACAUUCUGUCCGAGAUUACUAUCUCGUGGCCAAUCUACUACCAACAUGGAGACCGGCCGUUGCCUUGUUGGGACCAAGGCAAGCUUGCUGUCGCCAUUUUUCCUCGCCAGCCUGUUGGUUGCUGUUGUGAAAGCUGAAAUCCGCUGUUACUGCAACACGCCGACCUGUGUGACGACUGGGUACAUGUGUAAGUCCGAGCUGGGGAUCUGUUACUCCGAUCUGGUGGGAGACUACCGGAAACACUCUCCGCCCGAACACGGCUGCAUCGACCACCGACCGGAGUCCAGAAGUCCGGCGCUCUGUCCGGACGGUCCAGCCGAUGGACACAGCAGGGACUGGCCGCUGGUUCAGUGUUGUAGAGAGGACAUGUGCAACUAUAACGACUUACCCGGGAUGACGUUUCAGACUAGCAGUGAUAGAACAGAUCACGAAAGACGGAGCGACUGGUCACCUGUUGGUCCUGAUGAACUACCGAGUAGCAGCGCCAUCUGGUUCCGAGCGGCUGUCAUUGCAGUUCCCAUCACCGGCGCCGUCAUCCUGUCAUUUCUAGUCUUCGUUGCGAUACGGAUGCUGAGGAACGAGGACAAAAGACACAGAAAAAGACACCAAAUACUCUCCGCAUUGCACCGCGGUUACCCCUACUCACAGAAGACUUUUAUUUCUGUGCGGACUAGAGACGUCGAAAACGAGUUGACAUCAACACCAUCAAACUCUGUGGCAGACGACAGUCCGUUGUCGACAAGUGAGACUAAAAAAGACAUUUGCACCAGUCAUAGCAACGUUACGUUAGUGCACUGGGAAAAGUGUGACGUCACAGAAAGCAUUGACGUCAUUUGAUUGACAGUACAGAACGGAGCUAGAGUGGGGGUGGUGGUCACGUGACCGGACAGCUGGUACUGUCUGCCAACAUAUUAAAUAUGUCUAUUCAUAACAUAGCGAUUUCACAAGCAAUAACAAUAUUGUGAUGCGUUGCUAUCGUCAGGGAGGCCAUCUUAUGUAUAACAGCUCCUACACUUCAACACUCGCACUGAAGUCGACUUUUGAGUGUUGAUCGUGAUUUAAAGAAUGUGGGGCGCACAGAGAUGAUAUUGUAUAGGGCUUUUUGAUACUGCCAAAACAGUUUGUUUGUUCGAAUUAUAUUUAUAUUGCCAUGCUACGUGGAAUUGAAAAAGAUGUGUACAUUAUGAAAUAAAGAAACAGAAUAAAACAAUA